AAAUCAGUGCGCAGUAAAGGUUAACGCAUUUGAAAGUUCGAGUAGUUUUAACCUCCAACUUGACAACUGUAAAAUAACCAGUGAAUUUAUUUUAUUCGAUGACGAAACUUACUUUAGGAUCAAAAUAAAAGAAACCAAUUGUCGUGCUAGCUGAGUGGACUGUUACCACCAAAACCCAGAAGAAAAAGUAGAAACAGCUAGUCGUUACAUUUGAACGAGGAUUAGCGGUUUGUUGACUGUUUUGAUAAGAACUUCUCUGAAUCUUACUGCUUCUGGAUGAACUUUUCGGAUGUAGUGGAGGUUUCAAGGAAUCUUGUUACUCCUUCCUCGAAUGGCAUUUACAUCGCUUCUGCUUCUCAGCACAAAGUUUUUGUUCAUAUAACUAACACACUCCAAAUAUUUCAAAUAUUCAGCUGUGUGGACAUAGUUGAUGGUUUAUUAUGGUCUGAAGACUGUUUAUUUGUUCUGAGCAUUUUGAAAAAUCGUGGCAUAGUUCAGGUAUUGCCAUUUUAUUUCGUCAGGUUUAGCAGGUAUUUUCUCUCGAAAACCCGGAAUGGACGUGUAAAGUAGACGAAGGUUCUUCGGGACUUCUUAGUGCUACAUGGGCUCCAGAUAGCAGACACUUUUUAACAACAACGGAUUUUCAUUUGAGAAUAACCGUCUGGUCAGUAUCAGAAGUUUCAAUUUCUUAUCUUAAAUUUCCGAAAGUAAGCUUUUGUCUCUUAAUAUGGUCCUUGUUUCCCGAUCUUACUUUCCAGUACAGCAAAAUAUUGGUGCUAAAAAUUGUUAAUAUAUUCCUAUACACAUUAAAAUCGUUAGGUAUCAAAGAAAAUCAGUUUACAACUCCGUUUUGAGAACUGGUAAUCAAACAAGAUCGAUGAAGAGCGGAUGCGAAAAUAACUUAGCUUUUUGUCCGGGUGGUCGUUAUCUGGCUCUACUUGAACGCCGAAAUUUUGAGGACCAUUUGAGUUUAUUUGACUGUCGACUUCAAUGGACCCUACUUUGGAAUAUAACUUUGGAUACUAACGAUGCUGAGAAUAUUUUAUGGUCUCCAGACGGACUUUUUAUUGUUGUAUGGGAUAACUGCUUACGAUACAAAGCAGUUGUAUAUCGUGUUGAUGGAAAACAUCUGUGUACAUAUUGCGCUUAUGAGUCAAAUCAGAUGUUAGGCAUAAAGUCUGUAUCAUGGUCUCCUACAGGGCAGUUGCUAGCAAUAGGAAGUUAUGAUGAAAAGUGUCGUAUACUGAACAGUUUCAAUUGGACUUGUUUAGCUUGUCUAAAACAUCCUGUUGAUGUAUCAAUAGAUCCUUCAUUAGGACUUAGUCCAACUGGUCAUCCUGUAUAUAUCAGUAAUAAAAAUGAUGGGGAAUGUACAACACAUCGAAUAAAUUGUAUUCAUAUCUAUGAAGAAAUAUAUACAAGGAGUUCUUCAGAUUUCUUGACAAAUUUGAGUAGUAAUCAUAUGUCAUCGUCUAAUGUUCAAUAUAAAUUAAUAAAUAAUCCAGUCAUUAUUGAGUCAAAACAACCAGAUCCUAAGAAAGCAUUUCCGAAAAUUGGCAUUAGUUUCACAGAAUUUUCAUCAGAUGGUCGAUUCUUGGCUACACGAAAUGAUAAUUGUUCAAAUGUAAUUUGGAUUUGGUCGAUUGAUCGAUAUUUUAGUUUAUUUAGUCUUCUUAUUCAUAAUAGUGGUGAGGUCUCAUCAGUGAUGUGGGAUCCAAAUUGUUCUGCAAGACUUGCUUUAUGUACAGGUUCGGAUACUGUAUUUUUAUGGACACCUCAUGGAUGUCUUGCUGUUCAGAGCCCAGCACAUUUUAAUUUAUCAAUUUCAUCUAUCGGUUGGCUUUCUUCGGGAGAUGUAAUUCUCUUACGAUCAGAUAAUGGAUUCUGUUUAUGCUACCUCGACUCAAAUGAUAACGUUGUUGGAGAGCGAAACCCUAUACGGAGACCAUCUGAACUAAGUGCAUCAAAUGAUAAACUAAAUCUGUAUGAAGAAAACAGGAAUUCAGAAAGUGAAUCUGUUUAUUGUCCUCCAUCAUCUAGUCAUUUCAGUGGUGAACGGCUGUACUGAAGAAUUCAAUUAUCUUUCUGUUUCAUUUGAUAGUGAAAAACAUGCUUAGAAAUUAUUGGUAAAACUCAACAAAGAAGUUCAUCUUUGUAUGAUAAACAACAUGUUAAAUUAAAACUAAUAAAAAUGAUGUUAUCAUUCAUUGUUCAAUGGAUUCAAUGAUCAAUUUUUGUAUAGAAUAGAAUUUGAACUAACUGAAUGAUUUGUUGAAACAUUCAUAUAACAACAACUUGCUGCCAUAGCUGCUGCAGCGACAGCCGCUGCAUUCAAUUGACCACUUUCAAUUUGUUCAUGUGUAGAAUCCUCUAAAUAUGUACAACAUAUGUUAUCAAGUUUAUUUUGAUAGAAUUUUGAACAAGAAUAAAAAUCUUUAAUUGGAUAACCUAAAUAAGUUUUAGUAUUAUUAUUAUUCCAAUCAUUGUUUGAAGUAAUAGAAGUUGUCUGUAAAUUCUCUUUACUUAAUUCAUUAAAAAAUGGCUUUUUCUCUGUUUGACCUAUUUUAUACCAAUGUCUGAGUUUUAAAGAUGAAUCUUCUUUUAAAUUCUUUUCAGUAAUCAUUGUAGUAGUAGUAGUAGUAGAAGUUGAUGUCAGUAAUCUAGAAAAAUGUUCCAAAUCUUUUCUUUUUUUAGCUUGAGUUAAUUUUCUAUUUCGUGUUUGAAUAAUUUCUUUCUUCAUAGAUAAUGGUCGAUUUAUCUUGAACAAAAACAUUAGAGAAAUAUAUCAGAAAAUUAUGUUUGUACAAAGUA